UUAAGCAUAAUUAAGUAGUAGAAUUACACAACAAGGACUCGAAGAUGGCAGACGAAAAGGAGAAUAAAGAAGAAUUCAAGCACAUCAACAUAAAAGUUGUUGGACAAGACAAGUCGUCAAUUAUGUUCAAAGUAUUGCGAAGUGCACCUCUCAAAAAAUUGAUGACUGUUUAUUGUGACCGUUUAAAUUUUAAUAUUCGAGAAUUGCGCUUUCUUUACGAUGGUUCCCGUAUUCAGGACAAUGAUACACCCACAAGUUUGGAAAUGGAAGAUGAUCCAGCAGAGAUUGAUGUUGUGAAAGAAGCUGAUGGUGGUGCCUGUGCUUAGCUCUUAUAGCGAUUUCUGAAGC